AUGUUUAUCAUGAUGCUUAUGCUGAGUUCAAGAUUACAAGGACUCAUAUCAAAGCCUUCUUUUUGGAUCUAUUCAUUGCAGGCACAAAGACUUCAGCAGAAGCUAUGCAAUGGGCAAUGGUUCAGCAGAAGCUAUGCAAUGGGCAAUGGCUGAGCUCCUUAACCAUCCUGAAGCAUUUCACAAGGUAAGAAAUGAGAUAGAGUCAGUCACACAGAAUGUUAGGUUAGUUGAAGAAUCAGAUAUCCCAAACCUGCCAUAUUUACAAGCAGUGGUAAAAGAAACACUGAGACUUUAUCCACCAGGACCAGUAACAACAAGAGAAUGCAAUCAAGACUGCAAAAUUAAUGGCUUUGAUAUACCAGCAAAAACAGCAGUAGCGAUCAAUUUAUAUGCUAUAAUGAGGGAUCCAGAAAUUUGGGAAGAUCCAAAUGAAUUUCAUCCUGAAAGGUUCUUGAAAGAAAAAGAUGAUCAAAGUAGUUAUUAUGAUUAUCAGAAUGAUGAUAAAAGAAUGGAGUUCAAUUUUGUUCCAUUUGGAGCAGGAAGAAGAGGGUGUCCAGGGACAGCACUAGCAUUUUAACUUGAUGAACACUGUUGUUGCUGCUAUGGUCCAGUGCUUUGAUUGGAAAAUUGGUGAAGAUGGAAAAGGAAAAAAGGUUGAUAUGCAAUCUGGUUCUGGCAUGUCUUUAGGAAUGGUUCAUCCACUUAUUUGUAUUCCUGUUGUACAUUUUAAUCCAUAUGCUUAAUAAUUCGACAGUGCUACUUUUAACUGCAAUGUAUUCUAAAAAACCACAAAUAUUUCAGAAGUAUACUUUCCGAUGACAUAAUUGUUCGAAAGUACACUUUCAAACAGUUUCUCCCAUAAUUCAAUAGAAUCAAGAUCCAUCUUUCUCACUAUAACUAAAGAUUUAAGAAACUGAGUUUGGAAUGGAUUAACUUAUAGGUGAGGU